AUGCAUUCCUCCCUUGUCUUCACAUCUCUCCUCCCCCUGCUCGCCUCUGCCAACCCUCUUCCUCUCGAGCCCCGCCAAUCAACUCUUAACCCCUUCACUCUCAUCGCUGGCCGAUCCGGCAGCCCCAUCCACCUGUCAGCUAUCAACGCCAACGGCGAAAGCUUCUGGAUCGGAAAGAACACCGCCAGCUACUGUCCCACGGACGUCGGCCCUGAUUGUCCCACCGGCAUAUACACCGAACUCUUGGCGGGUGACGGUGGUGCUUCGAUGUACGCGGAAGUUCCCGGCGGCCAAAUCGUCUACGUCCUCCCCACCGGCGCGCUCUCCUUCACCCUCGCCCACGCCGAAGGCCAACCCGGGGAAAACAACGGCACCACGACCGGCUUCUCCUUCGCGCCCGGCACAGACCACGCACUCGGCGUCUUCAGCUUUUCCGCCCUAGGUUCCACGGGCUUCUUGGCCUGCCCGGCGAAGAACGGGACGACGCCGUGGCAGGUAUUCGCUGAUGUUGAGGGGAUCAAGGAUUGCGAUGUGCCGGGUGGCAACGUGAGUGCUUGUUUGGGCUUUGUUGCUUUCGCCGCGAGCGGCGAUGAGCUGGGGACGGCGAACACUGGCGGACCAGCGGCAUGGCAAUACUCAUGA